AUGCUCCUUCGUUCCGUUUGCCAAGCUGACCCACCAGUCAGUGGACGGUUGCCUAUCAUUGUCGGGAUAACAGGACCACAAGGAUGUGGCAAGACGACACUCUGUGCUUCCCUUCUAGCUGGUCUUGGCGCCUUGGGCAUUAAGGCUGCGGCGUCCUCUAUGGAUGAUUUUUACUUGCCCACAAAAUUUCUAUCCCCUGUAGUUUUCUUGGGUGAAAACUGCUCUGGGCAAAAGCUUCUUCCUCGCCGGGGCCCUCCUGGCACACAUGACAUAAACCUUUGCCGCAGCGUGUUGGAGAGCAUCAAGCAAAGAAAGCCGAAUAUCAUGUUACCCAAGUACGAUAAGAGCCAAAUGAAUGGAAGGGGGGAUAGAUCCAAUGAAGCAGUUCUGCUGGAUGCAACGGACAUCGACGUGUUUCUUUUGGAAGGAUGGAUGCUUGGAUUUCGUCAUGUGGAUCCUAAGGUGCUCACAGGAUCGCUUAAGGACUACGAGCCUCUCUAUGCGUACAUCGACCUUUGGCUCGUCGUCAAAGUAAGCAACAGCAAUAGCAGCUGCAACAGGUGCAGUAAUAGCACGUUGCCGUCCUUCGCAACAAAAGCCUCCGAAACUUCCAAAUCGGCAUACUCACAGUAA